UCACCAUUGCCCACCCACUUCGGUGUGCCACCUACCGCCGAAACCAAAUCCAGCAACCUCGUUUCCCAUUUUUUUCCUUUUGUUUUCCUUCUACCCUCUUCUUCCCACGCGACUUACGCAGUUGAUAAGACACCCACCAACUCUCCAGCAAACAUUACCCCCUCUAGAAACCGAAUGAUAAAUAAACACACGCGCAUCUGAUCACAAGGAUUUCACCUCAAGCUCUUAUCACCCCUCCAACAAGCACACAGAUGCCCUCCCGCAUCGCGUCCACUCCACCUGACACAAUGGACACAAGCGACGACACUGCCGUCGCCGGCGAUAGCGGCCUCGUCGCCGCCGAGGCCACAGAUGAGAACGCGUCUACCGCUGCCGGAGUAGUAGCAACACUCGCCUGGAGCAAUGACAACACGCAGAAUGGUGCAGAAACGGGAAACCCCCGCCGCUCUACAAGGGUUAUCAAGAAGCCAAUUUUACCCUACUCUUUACAACUAACUCCACCAAAGCCUUCACGAGCGAAGCGGAAGCGGCCUGUGGAGGAAGAGGAGGAGGAGGUGGAGGAGGAGGUAGGGCAGGAAGAUGUAGGUGGAAAAGGAGGGGAGGGUGAAAACGAGGAAGACAAAGGUGGAAGUGCUGAAAAUGAGAAUGAUAACGAUGAUGAUGAUGAAGGAGAGGAGGAGGAUAGUGAAGCAGAGACUACUGAGGAAUCUUCCGAGGAAGAUGAGGAUGAAGGCGAACCCGAUGAAGAGGAGAAAAAAGAUCGGAGGAGAAAGAAUGCCGCUGCGGCUAGGGGCGCUGGAGGACGGGGAGAUGGUGGCGGAGAUCGUGCUGCUAGUGCUCCCGUCAAGAGGCCACCUACCAAGAAACCACGAACAUCAAUUGCCGCCGAUGUCGCUCCCCCCGCUAGGAAAGCAACCACCGAGCAGGCUAAGCGGGCAAAGGGCAAGGCCGGUGAUGCUUACUGUGGCGCAGAAUCGGUGUUUGAAGGGGGUGAUGACGAUGAUGUCGCGCAGGCGUGGACAAUCAAUUAUGAGGAGAAUAGUCGAGAGGCUAUGAAGGAAUUGGUUAAUUUUAUUCUUAAAUGCUGCGGCUGCCAUAAAUUUGUCACCGACUACGACAUUGAAGAUCAAGAUACCGCAAAUACUACCCUCUCACAAAUCCAAGAUGCUUUCCAACGACAAAAAAACGCUGAAUAUCCUCUUGCGUCCAAAAAGCCCGAAUUCAGACGAUUUCGCCCGAUUCUUGCUUCUUUCCUCCAUUCUCUAAUCACUACAUUCGCCGCCCGAGAACUUCUAUACUCCGAUCCUGGGCUUAUGGAAGGGAUUGAAGUAUGGAUAACUGCUAUGUCCUCUUCGACGCUGAGGCAGUUCCGACACACCUCUACUAUCGUGGCGCUAGAGUUUGUGAGUUGUCUUGCGCAAAUCGCGGCAGAGGCGAGAAAAGCCAACAGCACGACAAACAGACAACUUGAGGCCGAAAAGAAAAAGUCUAGUCGCAAUGAGGGUCGGAUUAGAGCGCUCGAUCAGAAAUUAAAGGAUGGCGAAGAGAGAAGGGAGGCGAUAGAGACCGUGAUUAAGGAUAUUUUCAACAUUGUCUUCGUUCAUCGGUAUCGCGACAUCGAUGCUAAAAUCCGCUCUGAUUGUGUCCGUGAGCUCGGCUCAUGGAUUCUGACUCUGCCAGACCUCUUCUUUGAUGGUUCCUAUCUUCGAUACCUUGGCUGGGUUCUCUCUGACACAACCCCAUUGACUCGUCUCGAAGUCGUGAAGGCGCUUACUAAGCUUUUCAAGAAAAAAGAAUCAAUAUCAAACCUUAGGCACUUUACCGAGCGCUUCCGGCCGAGAAUGGUUGAGAUGGCAGCGCGAGAUGCGGAUACUAACGUUAGAGCCGCAGCAGCGGACUUGCUAGACGCUGUUAGGGAAGCGGGUUAUCUUGAGCCUUCCGAUAUCGAUACCGUUGGUAGACUACUAUUUGAUUCCGAGCCCAAAGUCCGUCGCGCGGUUGUUGGAUUCUUUGUCGCGAACCUUAAGGAUGUCCUCCAAGAAAGGUUAGGGGACCUUGGCGGGGAAGAGGCCGUUGAGGAAGCGCUGGGGGAUGAUACCGAAGACGAGAACUACGAAGGACCCACCCUCGGCUGGAUCAGAUUAAAAUGUCUUGUGGAGGCGCUGGCUUCCUAUGAUUCGCAGGAUGCAGGGGACGAUCCAGAUGGCCAGUCCCAGGUUGCUGAGAGGAGUAACGGUGCUGUUACAAGGCUUGGCGAUCAUAUAGAGAGUCGGUUCUCUCUUGCCGGAGGCUCUCUUUGGGAGGAGGUUGAGGAGAUUCACGAUUGGGAAAUCACUGCAAGAUAUCUACUUUAUGACCACUCGGCCAAUCGUCUUGAUCCAGGAGUUGAGGAAGAGGAUGUGGAGAAGCGAAUUAAGAGUGCUAUCGCUUUAGAUCCUAGAGAGGAGGCCAUAUUGCUGCAUAUAUUGAACGCCAGUGUUGCCGCCAGUAUUGAUGAAGGUGGUGAAUUAGGUGCGAGAAAGAAAGGCACUACCAAGCGCACCGGCAAGGAAAUUGAGAAGCAUUACGAGGCGGUCUCUAGGAGAUUAACCAAGUAUAUACCUCCUCUUCUCAAGAAGUUCGGGCCAGAUCCAGACGCGGCCGCCUCUGUUCUGCGCCUUGAGCAAUUGAUGAAGCUCGAUGUGUUCCAGGAACUCCGCCAAUCGACCGUUUAUGCGUCCUUACUCGAGGAGAUAAAUCGGCAAUUCCUUACUCAUGCCGACGAGUCCGUUCUUAAAGAAGCUAGCGCAGCAAUUCUUCAUGCCAAAACGUUUGAAGAGCUCGACGAAGUUACAGAACAAAAGCUCAGCCAACUCAAGGAUGAGACCGUCACUAUGCUUGUAAAUGCCGUUCGAGGAAAAAAUCUCGGCAAAGGCAAAUUCAGCGACGCAAGUUUAACAGAGCUAAUAAACACCGUUCGCAGACUAGAAUACAUUGCGUCGAUAACAAACUGUGUGGAGAUAAUGGAGGAGCCCCCCGUUGCUUCUGGGCCCAAGGACAUGCUCCAACCCGUUGAGGCGCUAAUAGAACUCCUCAGGCGCGGCGGUACGUCAGACGAGCUCGAAGAAGAGCUCAUCAUCCGCACGAUGAAAACGUUAGAAUUCUACUUCAUGUGGAAGAUCAGCACCCUUGCAGACCAGGAGGACAUUGACUCCGACAAGCUCGCGACAAGGGGUGAAACGGUAAUGGAGAGAAUCAUCGAAAUUACAAAGACGCGGAAAAAACGUCUGGCAACACUUUUCAUCGGCGCAGGGGCCCGCAUCGGCGCCAGUAAACCCGACCACAAUCGCGCCGCCAAUGAAGACGAAGCCGGCACCUCCGGAGCCUCUGAGCUAGCAGUGCGAAUAUCAGCGCUUGGUAAGAAGUUGGACAAGUCCGUGCAAACCGACCUCCUUAAAAUAUUUGAAAUUCUGGAAAAGUCAUUCGCAAACGUAGCCCUUAAGGCCCUUGAGCCCGGCGAGAAUGACGAACCCGCAGACGACGACGAACAACAGCCCUCAUCGGAGGAUCGGGGCGAGAGCAACGUACUCCUGCACGAGCAGCGUCUUUGCGACUUCACAGGGAAACUUGUGCUUGCGGUUCUGUCACGAGCAAUCGAUGAGAGGGUUUUCAUGAAGAGGCUUGUCAGGAAUAAGGGCCGGCUGGGGCCAAAUUUCCGGGAAAUCGUCAAUCACUUGGAGGUUGAAGAGAAGCCCAAGGUCGCGCCGGUCGUUAGAAAACUGAGGGGGCGGAAGGAGGAACUUAGUGAGGUGGUCGUUGACGAGGGGGGUGGUGAUGAAGAUGUGGAGGCUACCCCGAGACCUAAAGCUGUAUCUCCUUCCAAACCUGUUGCUGAAGAUGUGGAGAAUGAAGGCGAGGACGAGGAUGAAGGAGAAGAAGAACAUGACCCAGAGGAGCCGGAAGACCUAGAGAAAAUAGCAGAAUCUUCGGAUGAGGAGUCGGAACUAGAUCCCGAAGUUGACGUACCCCUAGACGGAGACGGGGAUGAAGAAAUGCCUGACGCCGACGAUGAAUAAUAUAACCUCUCCCUCUAUCCCCCCA